AGCCGGUUGACAUUAUUCUGAGCGGAUAAUUGACAGCGGUGAAGAUGUGAAUAUUUUGGGUCAAGGAGGAUCACAAUCACGGAGGCAAGAGCAAAACACACCAAGAGACAACGGCACGACGCUUGAGAAAGCUUACCAUGCACUGAAAACAAGGAAUGGAAAGCAUCAGUGUGGAAACAGAAUGGGAUGGGUUAGCCCUCUCCUCUCUGGUCGCCACAGGAAGGAACAACUUCUCUUCCUCGCCCUUGUUUGUCUCCGAACUGAACUCGUUCAACACUUCUCACAGCGGCGGAUUCUUCUUUGGGAUCUUCCCUGAGAAUGGUUCCACCACCACACCUCACACCCUGCCCCAGCCCAGGGUCAGGGACCUGGGCCUCGCCAGGGCAGAGAUUGCAGUGCUCGGGGUGGUGCUGGCUCUUACCACCCUGGGGAACAGCUUUGUGCUGUGGGUGCUGCUGAGGAGGAGGAAGCACAAUGCGCCCAUGCACGUGUUCAUGGUCAACCUGUGCGUGGCUGACCUGGUGGUGGCCUUCUUUCAGGUUCUUCCUCAGCUAAUAUGGGACAUCACAGAGAGGUUUCAGGGGCCUGACUUGCUUUGCCGGUCCAUCAAGUACUUGCAGAUUGUGGGCAUGUUUGCUUCCUCCUAUAUGAUAGUUGCCAUGACAGUAGACCGGCACCACGCCAUCUGCUGCCCGUUGCAGGCUUACCGUGGGGGAGCAGUGUCCCGCUGGAACACCCCUGUCAUGGUGGCUUGGGGCUUGGCACUAGUUCUCAGCAUACCACAGGUGUUCAUCUUCUCGCGCACAGAAGUGGUUCCCGGAGAGUUCGAGUGCUGGGGUCACUUUGCUGAGCCGUGGGGGCUGAAGGCCUACGUCACCUGGAUGACUGUGGCUGUCUUCCUCCUCCCCGCGCUCAUCAUUACCAUCUGUCAGAUAAGAAUCUUCAGAGAGAUUCACAAUAACAUCUACCUAAAGUCAGAGAGGAUGGUGAUGGCUGAGUUGAAGAAGAAUGAAAUCCUCUUCCGUUUCCACAGCUUUAAGAAGGAGGAUGAGAGGGCCAGGGAGAGGGGGAGACGUGCAUCUGGAGGGGGGGGCAGGGAAGGGAGGGGAGGACAGCUCUCGAAGGGUGUGAAUGCCAGUGCUCACAAUAACAUACACAACAGCCAAGUCGGAGAGUGUUACGACUAUGCACCGUCGGCUAUUCAGUAUAACAGUUGCCGUGGUGGACAUGUGACAACGACAUCUUCAACACAGCAACAAACACUGAACAGCGCCGAUUGCCCAGAGUCCUGCACAUCCUAUGGGCUGGCCACAGGCUCACCCCGCUGCUCCCUUGACUAUGUUCCCCCUCACCCUCCAGCCACUCCACCUCCAAGCAUCACUAAAGCCAUGUCCAAGACGGUGAGAAUGACUCUGGUCAUUGUGCUGGUCUACACUAUCUGCUGGUCACCGUUCUUCAUCGUCCAGCUGUGGGCGGCCUGGGACCCCAACCCUCCAGACCAAGGAGUGGCCUUCACUAUCCUGAUGCUGCUGGCCAGUCUGAACUCAUGCACUAACCCGUGGAUCUACACAGCUUUCUCCAGCAGCGUGUCCAGAGAGCUGCAGAACCUGCUGCACUGUUGGUCGGGACGUGGCCGCCGGGGCUCCCUGCCUGACGACUCCACCACCACACACACCUCCACCACCAAGGACAACCUUUACUGACAGAGACUGAUGAGACAGAAACGGACACACAGAGACAUGUUUGAGAAGACAUGCAUGGGUGCACAUGGGUGCCUGUUGCAAGAAUGGGCUGUUGCACACAACUCCGCCACCACCAGCACCACCUCCAGCAUCGCAGCGUGAGAACAGAGAGUGCUGACCUCCACCAGAUGUUUCCAACAACAAAGGACAGCUGUACUGUCAACAAGACCUCUAUCUGUAAUCACCUGUCCUCUCCACUCUAGCAGUAAGGACGGGUGGAUUGAAGAUGUCAACACCAUUUUAUGAGGGCACUGUGGAAUAUACAAUGGCAGUCAUCUGCCAUACAAAAUGGCCUUGAAAGUAAAGAAAUUUUCACCUCUGUAGCUGUUGAGUAGCACCCUAUGCAUUGAUUCAUAUGAGAAAAACUCUUGGCCUGCUCAGACAGAGCAGAGCAGCAGGAAUGCAAGUUAUGGAACACUGCAUUAAUGGCGUUACGGCACACCUAAUGUACGAAUCAGCAGACAAAGCUGAGGGUGUAGACAAAACAAAGCAGCAGGCUAAGGGAAAGAGAGAGAGAGACACGUACACAUGCAGAGGGUGAGAGAGGGCAAGACUGCUGUCGGACUGAGAACAGACAGGGGAUGACAUGGAUGUUACAGCUGCAGGAGUGGUCCUGAGAAGGCUGUAGUCAAAAUUUAAUAAUGUGAACAAACUUUGUUAAAUCAAAGGAAGUGGAUUAGAGAUGGAUGCUUGCGGCUGAAUUCAUAUUCGCUUUGGAGGAAUUUGGGUUCUAAGGCACAAUAGUGAUUUGUUAGCAAGAUGGAUGGAGAUUCACUCAUGAGGAGGCUGCAGUAGAGUCGAGACACCACCCCACAAGGAACCGGAGUACGGUGGAUUAACGCAGAUAGAAAACACACACUCGCAAACAGACAGAAGUUGAGGGUUAGGCCCGGGACAAUCCAGGUUUCCACAACCAACUGGGACACAAUUACAGUAUGUGAUAGUAUUUCGUACAAACAUACAGCAUAUGAGGUACACAAAAUUACCUUCCUGUCAUGCUCUCCUGAGAGUCUGAAACAAGAACACGGACAUCACGCAGAAGAUGCGGGAUGGAAACAAACAUUCAACAGCAUUCCUUGUACAGAGAUGAACAAUGUAAAGUAUAUUUAUUCAAAAUGUAAGGCACAUUAGAUAUUAUUACAUUUUUUGUGAGAUAAAUGUUGAAUGUAAAUCAUACAAUGGUAAUGAAAUAUGUAGUAGAAAACAAGGAGAUGUCAAACCAAAGAUCUUUUAAAGCUGGACAGUAGAAUCUUUUCAGGUCUGAUUAGUGGAGAUACUACAAAGCUUCAACAGAUAAGAUGUAUCAAGUGUCAUUUAGACUGCAUAUCAGUUUAAGAAAAACUUAACAUCCACAGUGAAAAUACACCCAGUCAAAACCAAGUGCCUGUAAUGUCAGUAGACAUUUUUAGAGGGGCCUCCCUCACUGAACUAAUCUUCAAAUGAUGUCAGACAUGUUAUUCUUAGACAGAGUUACCACCAGAGCAGGGAUUAUUGAAUA